CAUCGGAUUCAAAAACGCUAAAGAUACGCUGACGAUGGAAAUUGGCAUGCAAGCGGAUAUGGUACCAUACACGUCAAGAUAUCAGAAGACAUGGCAAAACACGAACUUCACCGACGCCAUAACGUGGAACACGGGGGUAUUCAAGGUCUUCUCAAUGCACUUCUCCUACCCGCGUAACAACAACACCAGCGCCGACUUAACCUGCGAAAUUGACGGGGUGUCAACAGGCGGCAAGACGUCUUUCGACAUGGAAGAUGAGCUCAAGAACCUUGCAGAACUGUUUUUCAACCACGUACACCAUUUUACGAGAGUUUCUGUCUUGGAGCACCACAUACUAUACACAGGAAUCACAGCCGCCUUACCGAGAAACCCAGAUAAGCCGUUGAUUUCAAAUGAAUCAGGAAAACAUGGUCACUUACCGUCAAUGAGCCCGGGAGGAUGGGCUGUAAUUGUUGGAUCUUACAUUGAUGUGAAUGCAAACUACGAUGGGAUUACGGUGGGCUUCUUCCACGACCAUCCCAAAACUUUUGUAUUCACCACGCUGCAAACCGAGGGCGAGGAAGUCGUCAUCCGUUUGUCCGUGACUGUACUAGGCGUCCGGGUGGUGACUGAUGGUGAAAGCUCGUACAUAAACGUCAAGAGCCUCGACGACCAGUUCGUCCCGAUUAUUCUGGAAAACAUCGACAUCAAAAACAUCGAAAUACACACGGGCAUUAAGGUCUGGUAACAAAUCAGGGAUGCGUCCUCUUAAUUGCAAGAACACGUCUUUAAACGUUCCCUCAACCAAGCGCAUACUAAUAACACGAAUAAAAGCAUCAUGCAGUGCUAAAACAUCA